GAGCCACGCCUGGCCGGGCAACAUAAUUAAUUCUUGUUGGGUUGCCUUAUCUGGUGGUAGCAGAGUCAUGCAGGUACACUAGACCCCAGGUGGACUGCAGGCUGCAGAUAUCCCCCAAUAGGUUUAGAAAGGGAUACAGCAGGUUGGUGACAGGAAGAUCCAUCUAAGAAUGCAUCUAUACUAUUUAUAAAUAGAAUUAUUGAUGCUUAUCUGAAAGUAAGUUGAUGUUAUGAAAUUAUUAUGUGCUUCGGGGUAAGGCAGAUUUUCUUAUUCUGGAAAUUUGGGAAGACUUAGUGUGUGACUUUGGGUCUGUUUUCUUAGUUAUAAAAUGGGGAUGCCAUGCCUGCCUCAGGGCAGGUGUGUGCUUGAAAUAACCAAGCAUCACCCACAGAAGAUAUAUAACACUGGUUCUCCUCCCACCAUGGAGCUAAUUCAGAUCAGCCACUCUGGGGAGUUUGGUGCUGACCUCAGUUUCCUAUAUUUUCAGAAGUCAGGUUUCUAGCCCCUCUAUGGCCACUUCCAGUGCUAAUCGCCAGCUAGUGAUGCUGGAAGGGAAGUCAGGACCCUACUUUUCCUCUCUGGACUCGAGCAUCGAGAUCCUGAAGAAAAGGGCCCAGGAGCUGAUCGAAAACAUCAACGAGAGCAGGCAGAAGGACCAUGCACUCAUGACCAACUUCAGGGACAGCCUCAAGACCAAGGUUUCAGAACUGACAGAGAAGCUAGAGGAGAGGAUGUAUCAGCUUUAUAAUCACCACAAUAAGAUCAUUCAGGAAAAGCUCCAAGAGUUCACCCAGAAGAUGGCAAAGAUCAGCCAUUUGGAAACAGAGCUCAAACAAGUGUGCCACACUGUGGAGACUGUGUACAAAGACCUGUGUGUCCAGCCAGAGGCUACUAUUUUCGAAGAAGAACAAACGCAUAAAGAUGGCGAAUGCUGACAGCUUCUGAGAGAGUUGCCUCUUACUGAUAGCCACCAAGAGAAGGCUCAGAGGCCACCUUUCUGGCUACACUGAGAAAAUUGUUUUUCACAGUUCUAUAAUACAUCUUGGCAAAAAGAAGAAAAAAAAAAGAGAAAAAAACUUGUGCCAGACCCAAAGGCAGCGAGUCCAGCCACCACCAUGGGCACAGAUUUGGUGUCUCCAACAUGUGGUAAAUUUACUCCAUCCCAUCCCAGUUCAUUAAACGUUUGAUUUUCAACUCA